AUGGUAACAUUGUUUAAUAGAAUAAUAAUGUACAGUCCAGUUGACCCAUCAUUAUAUCCAUUCUUUGCCUUCUUGUUUUUGGUUGUUGGAUUUGCAUUCCUUGCUUCAUUCAUUGUAUAUGAAAUUUCAGCAGGUUCAGGUAAAUCAAAGAGAAACAUUGUUCAAGAAGUUCUUCACGCUUUAGUUGCAUCAUGUACAUUGGGUAUGGGUGGAUUCUUUGUUCUUUUGGCAUCCGGUAUCUACCUAUAA